GUCGAAAAUUGUUCUGAGCAUACAUAUCUAGUUUAAAAAUGUGUAUUUGUUAAGAUCAAAGCCUUCCAAAUCUGAAGUUCGCAGUAGGUCCUGGCAGUCAAAACUGAAAUUGAAUUGGAUGUGGUUGUGGCUCCGACCCUCUGACGUCUUGCAGAUAUUAAUUUGAAAUGCCCCCUGUGGAAGUGAGCAUCCGCCAAGGAGUUGCAUUUUUGGCCUUGUAUGUGCUGCUCCUGGCCGCUUUGGUCCGUCCCCAGAUGAACUUCAGCAUAUUCGUGGACUCGUUCUUCCUGCAGGUCAAUCACUCGGUGGUAAUGGUGCUGAGCUACCGGUUUGAUUCCUACAUGGCGAUGGCCGCCGCACCACUCAGUGCCGUUACAGUGUUUGCCCUUUCCAAGUGGAACGAAGACUGCGAGAAUCCCUCCUCCAGGAAGCUGGUGAUCAUGGGCGUGACAUGCUUGUAUUGCUUGGUGCUGGUUGCCAAUGUCCUGGCCAAUGGAAUAGUGGUGCAGCAGGCGCUGAUUCGCUUCGAUCAGUGUCCGUAUCGGGCGUGGUAUAUGUACGGCCAGAUGGCCACGUCCUUCAUCAAAUCCUCGUUUGCUGAUGUCCAGGAAGUUUUCACCGGACGGCCCCAACGUCGGCCCCGACUUAUAUAUCGUUUGCAUUAGGUACAUCCAAAGAAUGAGUGAAACUGUCUUCUAUUCCUGAAUAUAUUUGCGAAUGCUUUAAGGAAACCUAUAAGGUGAAUACAUCAUUCUAUAUACUUAUUUGUUUAAUUAUACGAGGUCUAAAUAUAUAUAAAAAUCUGACCUCAUAACUAUAUAUAUAUAUAUAUAUAUAUAUUUAUUUAUUAAAUUCUGGAUAUUGCA